AUGCCACGACUCAGACUUUCUAUCCGCCAACGUGCUGCCAUCGCUGCGGCCAUGGCUGAUGCCAAAGGCCAGGAUGCUAAAAGCCAGGAUGCUAAAAUGGAUAGCGCGGAGGCGCAUCUUCAUCAGCAGGAACCACCCCUUGAACAAGUCGAUACCUUCCUUGAAGCCAUGCAAAUCCAGGCGCAGAUUGAGAAGUAUCGUCAGGAUAUCGCUGAGAAUGAGAAGAUGCGCACAGACACUGUCAACAAAGUCAAAAUUCUCGAGAAUGAUAGGGAGGCAGUGGAUCAGGCAAUUCGGGAUAAAUGCCACUGUGAGGAUAUACUCAUCAAGGAGGACUUCGACCAGGUGGAAGGUCGAGGAGAAAAAAUGAACAGGGAAAUCGACAACUUGUGCAAGACGGAUUACUUUUUACUUGAGGCAAUCGAAGACCUGCGUGAGACGAUUUGGCUCCUGACCUUCAGGGCCACAGAUCUGAGCACCGGAAUGGCUGACAUGCAGCGACGUCUCGAUGAUCUAAAGCUAUCUAUGUCCGCCAACUGA